GUUGGUUGAUGAACAGAUUAACCAACUAAACCCCCCCCACUACACAUACCACAGUUUUUACAACUGCAAGAGCCAUCUUUAAAGAGGACCUGCCCGCAUGGGAGCAAAGGGAGAAGGUGUCUUCAGAGGAAAAAUGUCAGACAAAGAAGUGGCAAGAGAGGGUUGCCGGAACCUUAAGGCAGCAGCAUCACUGCAGAAAGGUCAGAUCCAGUCCCCUUGGAAGGCAGAACAACUUCAAACUAUAGCUGUGGAGGAGCCUCUGACUUGCACAGACUCUUCUGGGUCUGCUAGUGUCACACAAGGAAAGGUGCCCCUUCUGCCCUCUGCCUCUUUUAAGAAGCCGCUUCUGGAUGGAUGGGAUCAGCCAACUGAUAAUGUUUGUGAUGCGCAACUGGAGAAGCUAGAUAAAUGCUUGCCAGCUCUCUCAGUUUCUUCUGUAAAACCUCAGCCUGCUGAAAAUGAAGUUUCCCAUCCGCAGCGCUGUGCUGCUAUUACCAGUGACAUUUGUGAAAUGCUUCUUGGAGAAGAUGUGCGGUACCAAGGUUGUAUGAGCAGCGUGGCAGCCUUCAUACUGGAAAGAGAGGCUGCCAACAGUCAGAGCUCUUACAAGGAGACCUAUGAGCUGGUUGCCCUGGGAACAGGAGAGGUUUGCUACGAGGGCUGGAUGGAGCUCAGUGGCAGGAGAGUCCAUGACAUGCAUGGACUAGUGGUGGCCCGCAGAGCACUGCUGAGGUACUUAUAUAAGCAGCUACUAAUGUACUGCAGCCAAGACCCCAUUGCCCUUGAGAAGUGCGUCUUCCAGCUGGCAGAGGACGGGGCGCACCUGACUCUGAAACCAAAUUGCUUUCUACAUCUCUACCUGAGGCGGAGACCCAGCGGAGCUCCAGAGAAUUUCCAGAUCGUGCCACUGCAGCUGAAUCCAUCCAUUGGGCUCCAUGUCAGUGUUAAAGGAGUGCUCAGGCCUGUCUCCUAUUGCCGCCCCAGCACCCUGUCUGCCUACAUCUACUGUGUCUCUGGCAGUGACAAGCUGACCCGUUGGAGCGUCUUGGGAGUCCAGGGGGCCCUUCUCAGCCAUAUCAUCCACCCUGUGUACAUCACCAGCAUUGUCCUAGGCGAUCCUUACCAAGACCACGACACCCUGUGCCAGGUUAUCAAUGACCGACUGAAGCCGGGAUCCUGGGAUGGCUUGCCAAAGCCAUUUAGCCACAGACAGAUGUACCUUUGUAAAGGUCCUUGUGUGGCUUCUCUUGACUUGCUACCAGAAUGCCGUGCCUUGAGCUUCAAUUGGUGUGGUGGAGACGAGAUGCUGGAACUUGUGAAUGGGGCUGUUGGGAAGGCAGUACGGGAUAUGGCAAAUCCAUGUGGGCAGUAUCGCCCUAGCCGGCUUUGUAAGGCUGCCAUGCUGAGAUCCUUCAGGAAGGUGGCUCAGGAGAUGAAGAGAGAGGACCUCUUGCUGCUGACCACGUAUCGUGAAGCCAAGGUUCAAGCUGAGGCCUAUCAGAAUGCUAAACUCCAUGUGUAUGCCCAGCUGAGCUCACAAGAUUUUGGAAAGUGGCCACAGAAGCAGUUGGUGGACAUCUUUCCCAGUUAGACUACCCUGGCAGCCAAGCUGUUGUCUGCAUACUUAAGACCUUUCAGGCUUAAAAUGGAUACAUGGAUAGAUGUGAACAAGGCGGGUAAUCCUAGCGAAUGGAGUUAGAAAUCUUGUAUUCUUGGGGGGGGGGUGUUGAAAUGUUAAAUACAUUGUUUGCCAUGAUGCUGUUAUCAGAAUGGUUUGUUGUUAUGAUGUAGUAGAUAGUAAGAUAUGUAAUUUAGACUUGAUGUUCUUACCUCAUAUUUAGAGGUUACUUCAUAUGUGGGGCUUGUUGAUUUUUUCUUUUUCUUUGUACCCACUUCGUGGUGGUGUCCACAUGCAGCCAUAAACUAUGGUGAUUGUUAUGGGAAUGAGCCACAGACCAUACUCGAGAUGAACAUUAGUUUGGGUGAAAUCACAAGCUGUGGUUAAUCAAAAAAGGAAGUGAAAGUUUCUGAUCGCACAGCUCUGCUGGAGGAAGAGAGGGGGCAGCAUGUGACUCUGAGGCUCAGUGCAGUACAUGCCUGGAAUGAUAAACCACACUUUAUUAAACCAUAGUUUAUUGUUAUAUCUGAAUGCAGCCUCUCGGUAGGUGUUGCAUGGAGGACAGUGUCACAUUUGACACAUAUAUAAGUAGACAAUAGUGUGAGAAGGUGGCUGUGUGAUAAACUUACAGAGGUUGUGUACGUCUAGAAAGACUGUAUUUUCUUGAUCCUUAAAAAUGUGCACGUUAUUGAAGAACACUUAUACAAGCAAAAUUCGGUUACUGUGGAUCAAAAGCUUAUUUUUUUAUUUUCUAGGUACUCGUGCUCUAAGUCCUUGAUAAAAUUGCAUUCUAGAUUUUAUCACUGCCAUUCCCACCCCCUCCACAAUUUUCAGUGCUAUGUAGCGUUCUGUUUUGUGGUGGAGUUAAAUGAGAAAACGAGACACCCAAGUUCUUCUUAACUAAAUAUGCUUUAUGAUUGGGGCUGAGAAUUGGCCAUUUUGUCUUUGUUUGGAAAUGCACUUCUUUGGCUACUGGUUUUGUAGAACAGCCUUUAUAGAUAUUACCAUCCCAGUAAAGAAUUAUAUACCUUGGAA